AGCCACGGCGAUCACAAAACCUCAGUGUCUUGCCCCGUGCCGGCGACAUCCCUUCGCGCCCGUCCGCUGCACAAGUCGCAACGAACGGUUCUCCUCGCGUAUAUUUCCCGUACCUACACACGACUCGAAAAAAUACCAAGACAUUUUUUUUCCAGCAAAUCUUUAUUAUUAUUAUUAUUAUUGAAAUCAAUAAACAAUACUCGAUUCGGGAAAAAAUUUCAUUUAUUUUCCCAACACCUUUUUAACCGUUUCCCCCCCCGCGAUAUUUAGCCUUUUCGUCCGAUUUUCAGUCACCACCACGCCGUCGAUCGGAUCAACGGUCCAAUAAUCAUCAUCGUUAAUAUCCACGUCCCGUAUCUUGUUUAAUUAUCUGUCCACCAUCGUCUUUGUCGCACCCUGCCCGGAGAGGAGGGGCACCGCACAGGGCUGUCCGUCACCGCAACGCCAGAGACAGGAAGGCUGUACAUAUCUACUGUUCACACCGUCCAGACGAGGUUCGAGUGAAUCCAGUGAAUAUUUAAGAACUGUCUAGCCGACUGAAUCAAUCGCACAUGAACACGAACCGACACUAACUCGACUUUCGCGACUCCACCCACACACCCACACGCCGGACGUGGUUUUUUUCGAACCGCACUCCUCGGAGGAGAUCGCGCGAACUCGAACGCCGUCGUCGCUGCCGCCGACGCGCCAACACCGCUGCGGGACUCGACAUCGUCGUCACCUGCACACUCGCCACCAGCACUUCCUCAACCGACGGCGUUGGGUUACCGCCACGACAACUGGAACCGCGGUAUAUACCGCGAUGACGACGACGACCACCACAACCAUAACGACCAUCCGGUCGUAGAGGAGCAGGCGAGGUAUCUGAAGGAAGUGGUGCGCGGGGGAUCGGAAGCAGGAGAACAGUCAAAUAAGUCAUCGGCGGGGGCACGAACGAUCCGAUGAACGAGGAAAACUAUACGGCCGUGGUGCCCACGUACUUGACGGGCCUGUUCGACUUCAACGGAACGGUGGAGGGCGGCAACGAGACCGACGGCGGUGGCUAUCUGAACGUGACCACCGAGAUGCCUGUCCAGUACGCCAGGCCCAUGUACGGGUUCGUCAUGCCGUUCCUGUUGCUGGUGACCAUCGUGGCCAAUACUCUGAUCGUGGUCGUGCUGUCCAAGCGGCACAUGCGAACGCCCACCAACGUGGUGCUCAUGUCCAUGGCCCUGUCGGACAUGUUCACGCUGCUGUUCCCGGCCCCGUGGCUGUUCUAUAUGUACACGCUUGGCAACCAUUACAAGCCACUGUCGCCUGUCGAGUCGUGCUACGCGUGGUACGCCAUGAACGAGGUCAUACCAACGCUGUUCCACACCGCGUCCAUCUGGCUCACGCUCGCCCUGGCCGUCCAGAGGUACAUAUACGUAUGCCAUGCACCAGUGGCGAGGACAUGGUGUACAAUGCCACGAGUUCUUAAGUGCGUCGCCUGGAUAUCAGUAAUGGCAUCAUUACAUCAAUCGACCAGAUUUGUUGACAGAACAUACGAGCCAAUCAAAAUAUCAUGGAGAGGACAAGACUCGGUGGUCGUGUGUAGAAUGAAACACGCAUAUUGGGUUGAACAUUGGGUCACACUUGACGUAUACUUCACGCUGUACUAUGCGUUCCGUGUGAUCUUCGUGCACACUGGCCCGUGCAUAUCUCUGGUCGUGUUAAAUCUUUUACUGUUCAGGGCUAUGAGAGAUGCGCAAUUAAAAAGAGACAAAUUAUUCAAAGAGAACAGAAAGAACGAAUGCAAACGUCUAAGAGAUUCUAAUUGCACAACAUUGAUGCUCAUUGUCGUUGUGACAGUUUUCUUAAUGACAGAAAUUCCAUUGGCUGUAGUAACGGUGUUGCACAUAAUAUCAAGCAGUAUCAAAGAAAUACUCGACUAUUCGGUGGCCAAUCUGUUGGUGUUGUUCACCAAUUUCUUCAUCAUCGUCAGCUACCCGAUCAACUUCGCCAUUUACUGUGGCAUGUCCAGGCAGUUCCGGGAAACGUUCAAAGAGCUGUUCAUCAGAGGCUCGGUGCAGAUAAACCGUAAACACGGGGCCGGCGGCAGCUCCCGUUACUCGUUAGUCAACGGACCCAGGACAUGUACCAACGAAUCGCUUUUGUAAAUUCAUUACGACCGCUUAUAAUAUUAUUAAUAAUAUUAUUGUACAUGCGCACGAUCAAAUUUUAAACCCACCCGUCUGACAAAUGGGUACUCAUAACGUACCCAUUGCGAUUUAAGUAACCAGCCGAUAUGGGUAGUACCUAUCCCUAUAACAAAAAAAAAAAAAAGCAUACAAUAUUAUUUACUUACAGUUGUACAUAUUAAUAUAAUAAAUUAUACAUAUUAUACCUAUUAUACCGUUUUGGUGGAAGGAAAGGGGGAAGGGAUAAGAGUAAUUUUUACGCACAGUUCAUACUACCUAUAUAUUAUAAUUUAUAAUAUAUUAUAACAUAAUAAUAAAAGUUUUCAAAAUCAAAAAACAAUACAAGCGAUAUUUCUCAAAUCACAAUUUUCGGACGUUCAAAAGUCCCAUUCACAGCAAUAUUAUACAUCAAAAUCAAUUAAUGUUGAUACCGUUUAAAUAACCUAAAUUAUAAUAUAAAGU